GGAACGUGGCAGCACGGUCCCGAACGUGCCCAUACGGAUAUAUUCGAUGUGGCGCGCAGCAAUCUUCAGCUUGUUGGUGCCGGCAGCCGCCCAGUGCCUGGGAAAUGCGACAAAUCCUUGGUUGCGCAAGAACUUGGUGAACCCGGGGACUGGUGAGUCCUACCCUUUGAGGAAGCCCGGGUUUUGCACCACUUGGUCGCCAACUGCCACGGUUGUUCUUGUUUGCUGAGGGGCAUCACCAUUGGGGACUGGGCGGCUGGCUACGCCGCGAGCUACAUGGCUGGUAUCUUGAUCCAGGACAUGCUUGGCAUAAAUGUCACCUACACGGUUGCUGGAGGUGGAGGGCAGGUUGAAUGCUUAUACUCCGUGGCUGGUUGCUCUGAGCCGGGCAAUUCCUCAAACCGAGGGUGUGGCCCAGAAGGGCCAUCGGUGACGUACCAGCACGUGCAAUUGGAGGCGUGGAUGGGAAACUAUCCCGAGACGUGGGCUCUGUUGCAAAAAUUCAAGACCGCGCCCAAACUCCUGACCUCCAUGGGAUACGAGGGCUCCGAGAGCAUGUAUUUCAGUUCGGCUGUGUUGCACGCUGCUUAUGAGGCUGAAGGUUUGGCUUUGGAGUUUUGGACUGGCUUCGAUGCAACAUGGAAGCGGCCUUGGCAAUAUUUUGACAAUCCUUCAGUGGUGAACAAGUCUCAGCUCAAACUUUGCAGUGAGACCAACUUGGCGAAUCAUUUGCUCAUGUCCCAAUAUUUGAACAUCACGGGUGACACUGGCGGAGUUGUGAUUCACGGUGAUGGAACAGUGACGGCGAAUUGCCCUGAUGGUUACGCUUGGCUCUCUCCCGCAUGCCGCAGUGACAGUACAAAAUGCAUCAACUUUUUCACGCUUGGUGGUGGCUAUGGUUUGACUCAGACGGUGCAGAAGGCCACGAAAUGGAACAUUCCCAUGGCGUUUAUGGUCGCGAAGACAGGAUCUGAUUGGGUAAGUUUGAGCAACACGCGCAAGAGCCUGUUCUAUUGGUGGGUCCCAGAUCCAACUUUCUUGGAGAUGUCUCCUGUGAAGAGUUCGUAUCCACAACACGACAAACAAGCCUGGGAACGGGGAGACCUAUCAACGGAUGGCGUGGGAACUUACAUUGGAAUCAUUGUGAGCAAUGACCUCAGCGCUCUUGCCCCGCGGGUGCAAGGCUUCCUCAAUAAUAUCAACAUGGACCUUGCCACGAUGAACUCGGUCUUGCUGGAGCAGAAAUUCUCAGGUGAGCCAUGGGAGUCCGCGAUGUGUGGCUGGCUGCGCAACAACACACAGAUCUGGCAAGAUUGGCUGCCGGACGACUCCACCUGUUUCCCAAAGUUUGGCUUGUACAAUGAGAACACCGAGCAAUUUGUUCCCAAUCGAGACGACAAAGAGGGUCUCAGUUGCCGUGCUUGUCCGAGCGGAACCUAUUCCAAGCAGCUCGUAGAUGAUGAUGGGACUACCUACAUUUGUGAGGCCUGCUCUGCAGGCACAAGCCAGCCUUCUGGUGCUUCCUUGGCCUGCGAGCCGUGUUUGAGGGGCGAGUACCAAAACGAGCUUGGUAAGCAAACCUGCAAGCGAUGUGAUGUGGGUUACUACCAGGAUGAAGAAGGUGGCCCUACCUGCAAAAAGUGUCCAGACAACAGCCGCACCCUUCAGAGGGGCUCUUUGUCUUUCACAGACUGCGGUUGCAUCGUCGGCUACAUCAACGUUGCAAAUGCUACUGCAGGCAAAUUGAGCUGCACAGAAUGCCAAGUGGGCUUGACCUGCCCGGUGAUGGGCACCUUGACCAGCUUGGUUGACGGAAGUCAUCCCCUGGGCAAAAACUAUUUGCCUGAGGUGGCCAAUGAUUACUAUGUUACGGCGGAUGCACCUUUGGAGGUCUACCGCUGCGGAAGCGUCCAGUCUUGCCCUGGUGGAAUGCCAGCGCAGUGCAACGGUGACUUUAUUGGUGUGCCCUGCGGCGAGUGUGCACCAGGCUACAGCCCCAGCGAAGGGAAAUGCAAUGAGUGCGACGAUUCCUUGGUGGUGCUUUGGGCCAUUGGUGUCAUGUGUGUUUUCCUCUUCCUGACGGCUGCUUACUACCUGUUGACUUCAAAGGUGACGGCAAAGGCCUCUGUGCUCUUCACCACCACAUGUGCCUUUGGGAUGCUCAUUUCUUUGCUGCAGAGCAUUGGUAUUAUUGGCACCAUGACGGUGAAUUUUCCAAUUGAGAUCGACUCCUUUUUCGGGUGGUUCUCCAUCCUAAUGCUGGAUCUCGACAACUUCGGCUUUGCCUGCCUAGCAGGAAGCGAUACGAGCCUUCGUUACUCAGCGGGUGCAUUGUUCUUUCCGUUGGGCCUUGCUUGGUUUGUGCUCAAUUACGGAGUGAGCCAACUGGUGCCGAAGUAUCGUUGGGAUAUCAGCAAGGUUGCAAGCUGCAUGGGGCAGUUUUUACAGGUGGGUUUCUCAGCCAUGAGUGCGACUGCGCUGAUUCCCUUGACCUGCUACACUCAUCCCAACAAAUUGAAGAGUCUCUUGAAGUACCCGAACGUGAUUUGUGGCUCAGACACACACGGUGCGAUGCUUGCUGUUGGCCUUUGCUUGCUGAUCCUCGGUGUCUUCGGCUUCCUGGCUUUGUGCACCUAUGGGGCUUACAUGGUACCAACAUGGAGUGCCUGCGAGAAACACGGCCGUGUCCGCGCUUUCCGAUUCCUGGUCUUCCGAUUCCGGCUGGACAGCUGGUGGUUUGGAGUUCCACUGUUGGCCCGUGGUCCUUUGAUUGCCCUUCCCAUCGUGCUGGCCACAGACUACCCGGCGGUGCAGACGGUCUGGGUGACCUUCAUCCUUCUGAGUUUUUUGGCGUGUCAGGCUCUGGCGUGGCCAUGGAAGGUGCCGUUGCUGAAUGCCCUCGACUGUUGGAUGUCCUACUGCAUCAUGAUUUUGGUGGCGGCUUCGGCCUUGUACGUGGAGCCUAUCAACAAAACAGGAGUCGUGGCCGACUUCAUCGACAAUUUCAACACCGGUAUUUCGGUAGUGAUCUUCUCGUCCGUUUCGGCGAUGAUUGUCAUGGCCCUGUGUGCCCUCUUCCACCGCGCAGCCAUGGGCGGCAACUCCGAGUAUGCAAUCUUCAACCUCGGAAGGAGCCCAAGCCCGGACCUCUUGGCCGCAAAAAUGGAGGAAAUGUUCGAAAUUUUGGCCCAGAUGGAGACAGAGGAAGUUGAGAGGGCCUUGGAUGCACUGGCUGUGUUCGACACAAGGCGCAUCAUGAACUUCAUGACGAUGAUGUCCACUGAAAUCCUGAAUGGACGCGCCGACUUAUCCUUCGGGCGGAGGGUGAGCUCUAAAUCCUUUUCAAGCAAAGGCCAAGAAAAGCCCAAGCCAGCCAGAGAAUUCUACAGCGUAGGAGAGGCACCACGCCAUCCACCGCUCCCACCACCGUCAGGCAUCAUCAUCGUCCAUGAUGUCGAAUGCUGAAGGUUGCGAGGCAAAGCUUUGUUGACAGAUGGGCUAGAGAUGCCAAG